GACCUUCAUACAAGAGAGAAAAAGAAAUGAACUUUUUUGCUUAAAAGUGAAAAAAUUUGUAGUUUUUGUAUGUAUGAAUGGAUCAAGUUUUCAGCAAAGCUAGUUCGUUUUGGCUUAAACAAAAAGCCAGCAAUGAGUUUGGCUCUGUCGGAAAGGAUGGCAAUUCAUUGUCAUCGAGCAUUGAAGGAGGCACCAAGUGGUUGGUUAACACGAUCAAAGGAAAGGUCCAAAAACCAUUACCGGAGCUCUUAAAAGAGUACGAUCUCGCAAUCGGAAUAUUCCCCCGUGAUGCAACGAGCUACGAUUUUGACGAGGAGACAAAGAAGCUAAAGGUUUACAUUCCGAAAGUGUGUGAAGUUGGGUACAAGGAUCAAUCCGUGCUGCGUUUCGCAACGGAAGUGAGCGGUUGUAUGGAGAAAGGGAAGUUGUCCGAAAUAGUUGGGAUUAAGACAAAGGUGAUUGUUUGGAUGAAGGUGAGUUGCAUCACCUCCGACAAAACCAACCUCCAUUUCCAAGCCACUGUGACAAGAUCUAGGAGUAGAGCUGUUUAUGAAGUUGAAAAAGAUGGCACUGUAUGUGGAAAGUUCUAGUUGUUCCCAAGAUUUCCCCCAAAGAAGCCCUUCAAACUAGAAAAUUCUUGUGAGUUCCUAUAAGGAUUGUUAGAAUUCUGUCAAGUGAAUGAUGUUGGUCUGGUCUUAUGUGAAUAGUCAAUAGUACAAUUUGAAUUUGCA